GUCAGGGAGCCGGGGAGCUGACCGAGAUCUUUGAAAUGACCUAAGUACAAUACAUGCUUCCUGAUUAACUUUGCACCAGUAAAGAACAGCGCUGUUCAACGAGUGCAUAGUUUUUGAUUUCCCCUCUUUUAGAAGUCGCAUGCAAAGCCUUAGGAAUUGUAAUUAUCAUCACUCAAGGAAAACGUUUUGUUGAAGAACUUUGCCUGUGAUUUACCACAAUGAUGCUGAUGCUUUCCAAGACGAUUGCUUGCAUUCUUAUUCUUGCAACAGCUGUCAAGGCAAAUAGUAGGGUGUUUGGAGACACGGACCAGGUCCACUUGAUGUCAGAAGGCUCAGACUGCCGCUGCAAGUGCAUCAUGAGGCCCCUGAGCAAGGAUGCCUGCAGCCGUGUCAGGGACGGGAGCAUGCGUGUGGAGGACUUCUACACGGUGGAGACGGUGAGCUCCGGGUCUGACUGCAAAUGUUCCUGCACCGCCCCGCCAGCCUCGCUCAACCCCUGCGAGAACGAGUGGAAAAUGGAGAAGCUGAAGAAGCAGGCUCCAGAGCUGCUCAAGCUGCAGUCAAUGGUGGACCUACUGGAGGGAACUUUGUACAGCAUGGACCUUCUCAAAGUUCACACCUACAUCAACAAAGUGGUCUCCCAGAUGAACACCCUUGAGGAGACCAUUAAGACCAAUCUCACCAGGGAGAAUGACUUUGUAAAAGACAGCAUGAUAAACUUGAGCAACCAACUGAAGCGCUAUGAGAAUUAUUCUGACACUAUGAUGAGCAUCAAGAAGGAGAUCUCCAGUCUGAGUCUGCAGCUGCUACAGAAAGAUGCUUCUGCUGUUCCCAAUAGCAAAACCCAGGAAACUGAAGAGAAGACUAAAGUAAUAAAUAAAUAUAUUAGCAAAAAGGUACCUAAGGCAGCCAAAACCCCAAAGGAAAAACCAAUAAAACCCAAGAAAGAAAAUUUUAAGGGUGUGAAACCCACCCCCAAAACCAAGGCAGCAGGGCACCAACCUGGUGUGAUCAGAGGAAUCACCUACUACAAAGCUGGGAAUCCUGAGAGCAGCGAACACAACCCCAGCAGCAGAGAGAACACAGCAAAAGCUCAAGAGUUACAGCCUCAGGACAGGUUCCACAGCUCUGAAGCCCUAAGAGCAUUUACCUCAGAAACCACUACCACUACCACCACUGUUCCUAUGACGACAACCUCUGCCCCCAUGGCAACCACCACCACUGCCAGCACUCCCACCACUGUAUCCACGACCACCACCACUGAGAAUCCAGCGCCAACAGUCAUGAUUGUCCUUGAGAAUGUAGACAAUUCCAGUGGCUCUCUUAACAGAGUGCUUAAAGAUGGGGAGUGUGAAGGGACCAUAUCAUCGAUCGAGUUGCCUGAGAGACACCACAGCUAUGGGCGCAAUGAGGGAGCCUGGAUGAAGGACCCCUUGGCCAAGGAUGGAAAGAUCUACAUUACCAAUUAUUAUUAUGGCAACAACCUUGUGGAGUUCAGGAAUCUGGAAAACUUCAAACAAGGUCGCUGGAGCAACUUGUAUAAGCUGCCUUAUAACUGGAUUGGCACAGGCCACGUCGUUUACAAUGGAUCCUUUUACUACAACAGAGCCUUCACCAAAAACAUCAUUAAGUACGAGCUGAAGAUGAAAUAUGUGGCUUCCUGGACCCUUCUCCAUGACGUUGUAUAUGAGGACACCACCCCCUGGAAGUGGAGGGGUCACUCUGACAUUGACUUCGCAGUGGACGAAAGUGGCUUGUGGGUCAUUUACCCUGCCAUCGAUUACGACUACUCCCAGCAGGAAGUCAUUGUCAUCAGCAAGCUGGACCCUGGCGACCUUUCCAUUAAGAAGGAGAGCACAUGGAAGACAGGCCUGAAGCGCAACUCCUAUGGCAACUGCUUUAUCAUCUGUGGGGUGUUGUACGCCGUGGAUGUUUACAACCAAAAGGAGGGCGAGGUCUCCUACGCGUAUGAUACUCAUACCAACACAGAGGCCACCCCCACGCUGCCAUUUACCAACGAGUACGCCUUCACCACUCAGAUUGACUACAAUCCCAAAGAAAAGGUCCUCUACGCCUGGGAUAAUGGCCAUCAACUAACAUACAAGAUCAACUUUGUACAGUAGUUGAUUAUCAGUUGUCAGUCCUCCCUGUUACCAAGCACUUUUUAAUCUUUUGUAUGUUAGUCAAUUACAAAAUAAUGCAUAAAUUCUGCACUUCAGUUCUAGGACAAAUGGAAUCAGCAAUGCCUUGGGAAAAACACCAAUAUCUUACUGCACUUGUAUAUUAUCAUUAAAUCAAUUAUUUGCAGGAAUCCUAGUCUUCCGCAAUAAAAAAACAUGAAAUUCUCAGAUUAAAAAAAAAAAGAAAAAUCUACAUUAUUCCAUGAGUAAAAUAAAAGGGGACGAAAUUAGUUUUCCCUGCCACAUUAUCAGACACACAAAUGGUACUAUUGGGUAACAGUUUCUCUAGCGUACCCGCGGUUAAUCAGGGGAUAGCCGAGUAAAGAUCUUAUAAACAAAACAAAUCAGUGAAUCAAAAGUCCAAGAACAUAAGAAUAUAAAGUCACAAAGCAAAGUUUGAAAAAUCAUCUUUGCCAAAAGCAAAAGAUCUAAACUAACCAUUCAAGUUUAACCAAGGAAAAAAAAAAGCGUAUCCAAAGAAAACAGAAAGAAAGAUAAUUGUA